AUGAAAAACAUUUAUUGCGAUGCUUGGGCCAUUGGAUAUGAUGAAAGAUGGGGCGCAUCUAAAAGGUUGCAACAAGCAUUGAUGUACUGGAGAUCAAACGAGAAUGACUCGCAAUACUCUCAUCCAUUGGAUUUCUGUCCUAUUGUUGAUAUGAAUGCAGGGAAAGUUAUUUACAUCGACAUUCCAAAUAGGAGAAGAAAAGUAUCCAAGCAUGAGCAUGCUAACUUCAAUCCGGACUAUGUCAAAGACAAAUUUGGAACUAAGGAAAAUCCGUCGGGUUAUAGAACAGAUUCUAAACCAAUAAACAUUACUCAACCCGAAGGUGUCUCUUUUAAAUUUGACGGCAAUAUUAUUGAAUGGUCAAACUUUAAGUUUCAUAUUGGUUUCAACUAUAGAGAAGGGAUUGUUUUAAGUGAUGUUUGUUACAACGACCAUGGCAAAGUUAGACCCAUUUUCCACAGAAUCUCAUUGGCGGAAAUGAUAGUUCCUUAUGGUUCACCUGGCUAUCCCCAUCACCGUAAACAUGCAUUAGACAUUGGGGAAUAUGGUGCAGGGCAUUGUACAAACCCGUUAUCAUUGGGAUGCGACUGUAAAGGAGUCAUUCAUUACAUGGAUGCACAUUUCCCUGAUAGAGAUGGUGAGCCUAGUACUAUUAAGAAUGCUAUAUGUAUACACGAAGAAGAUGAUGGGGUUUUAUUCAAGCAUUCUGAUUUUAGAGAUGACUUUCAAACCACUAUUGUUACCAGAGGUACCAGAUUAAUUAUUUCCCAAAUAUUCACAGCUUCAAAUUAUGAGUACUGCUUAUAUUGGAUAUUUAGACAAGAUGGUACUGUUAAAUUAGAAAUUAGAUUGACUGGCAUUUUAAACACAUAUAUUUGUGCAGAAGAUGAAGAUGUUGGACCUUGGGGGACACAAGUUUAUCCUCAAGUUAAUGCACACAACCACCAGCAUUUAUUCUCCCUUAGAAUCCAUCCUAGAAUAGAUGGAGAUAAUAACUCAGCCGCUACAAGUGAUUGCAAACAAUCCCCACUUCCUUUAGGUUCUGAGGAUAACAAAUACGGCAAUGCAUUCUACAAUGAAAAAACUACAUUUAAAACAGUUGGCGAUUCUUUCACUAACUUUGAAUCAUCUACUGCAAGAACUUGGGAUAUUUUCAAUCCAAAGUCUAUCAAUCCUCACUCUGGAAAACCAGCAUCUUACAAGUUGGUCUCAACAUUUUGUCCUCCCGUUUUAGCUAAAGAAGGUUCGCUUGUUUGCAAAAGGGCUCCUUGGGCUUUGAAUUCGACUCAGGUUGUUCCAUACCACGACGAAGAUUACGGUUAUGGUAGAUUGUAUCCAUCUGGUGACUUCGUGUGUCAAUGGGAUGGAGAUUCUGUGCAAGGUAUGAAUAAGUGGUUGGGUGACGGUAAAGACAACGUAGAAAAUACAGACAUCGUGUUUUUCCAUACAUUCGGUAUCACACAUUUUCCAGCGCCGGAAGACUUCCCUGUUAUGCCAACGGAAAUUUUUGAUCUUAUGUUACGCCCAAGGAAUUUUUUCACUGAGAAUCCUUGUCUUGAUGUGAAGCCAUCCUACGUAAGAACUACUACACAAGUGAAGAAUGGCAUGAAUGGCACAAAGGUAAGCUCUUUGGGCGUUGAUAAUAGUUCUAGGUUGGCUUUUAGUAAAACCUCAUCUGAAUCUUGUUGUUCUAAAUAG